UCUUCGGAUAAGACGGCUGUGGAUGACCCAUAUCCCACAACAUCCCGGGAUUAAUCCCAUGUAUAUGUGUAGGUGGUGAGAGGUGGAGGAGAGUAGUGAGCGGAAGAAGAGAAAGAGAUGGCGGCGAUGACCUUGGCAAUGGGCGCGGCAGCCGCCGGCGGGCGGGUGUUCGCGGCGACGGCGGCGGCGAAGGGCGCAGGGAGCAGCGGAGAGGAGAAAGGGCUGCUGGACUGGAUACUGGGAGGGCUGCAGAAGGAGGACCAGCUGCUGGAGACUGAUCCCAUCCUCAGGAAGGUGGAGGAGAGCAACGGCCGCGGCCGCACCACCGGGUCCAGGAAGUCGACCACCACCUCCGUCUCGGUUCCCAACAAGAAGAAGUCCGGCGGCUUCGGAGGCCUCUUCGCUAAGAAAUGAUAUUACUGCCCAUGCACGUCGUCUUCAUCUGUUACUACUACAUAGAUGGUCACACACUCUCCCUGCCAUGAACUGUUCCUGUGUGCUUCGGGGAGAGGUGUGUUGUUCCUUUUCUUAUGCUCGCUUGGGCUCCGUCUCUGUUAUGAUUUGGCCUGAAACGACUGGGAAGCUUCACAAACAUGGCCACCGAUGAAUGCUGUGAUUCUGUUUUG